GCUCAAGGUCUUUGGUGCUGUGUGAUGCUACAACCCUGGAGUACCAGCACAGAUGGACUGUAACUAAGUCAGGUAUCACAUCUGUGGGCUUCUUGUGUUCCAGAGGGACUGGAAGCAGAUUCGUCUUCAUUUUAGCAACCACAUCACUUGAUGAAUUUAAUGACGCAAACAGCGAGACCAAAGAAUUUACAGUCAUCCUUCUGAUCGUCAUGGCCUGUGAACAACGCUUGCGGACUCAUCAGGGGUCUUCGCAGAUGCUGCCACGUGUCGUUGCCACAGAGCAGCAGUCAUUGGUCGUUGUUAAGAAAUUACUAGCGAUUGCUGUCUCCAGCAUCACUUACCUUCGAGGUCUUUUUCCAGAAAAAGCAUAUGGGAGUAAAUACGUUGAAGAACAGAAAGUGAUGAUUCUUCGAGAGGAGCGGACUUGCCCUGGUGCUAGUCAAAUUGUACAGUGGUUGCAAGGAUGCUUUGAUGCCCUUCAGAAGAGAUACCUCCGCAUGAUUUUAUUAUCCAUGUACUCUGAUCCUGAACACCCAGAGAAAGUAACAGAAUGCUACCAGUUCAGAAUUCAGUACACUGAAAAGGGGCCUCGGCUGGAUUUUGAAAGCAAAAACCAGAAGAAUGUGACUAAGAUGGACUGCAGUGACAUAAAGAAAGCGAGUAUUCUGUUGGUGCGUAAACUGUACACGCUGAUGCAGAACCUCGGCCCACUCCCUGAUAGUGUGUGCCUCAACAUGAAGCUGUCUUACUAUGAUGAUGUGACUCCACAUGACUACCAGCCGCCGGGCUUUAAAGAAGGAGAAAACAGCAUGCUGGUUUUUCAGAAAGAGCCAGUGAAUCUGACCAUGGGAGAAGUUGUUACGCCUUUCCACACCCUAAAAGUGGAUGUCACCACUGAGAGAGAGAGACUGGAACAGGUAGAUGAUGAUGAGCCAAUAUGUGCCCGAGAUAGAUGGACUUUGAAAAUAAAUGAAGAAGAAAUGGUUUGUUUGUCAAAGGUUCAGCAGGAGUUUGUAACCAAAGAAAAUGUUGUUAUUGACACUGGCAUUGAGAACUCGGAUCUAAGUAAAGAGGAGAUGCUGGAGAAUUCACAGUUCACGGCAGACAGUCUUGUAAAGAAGACAGCUGAUCUCGAUGUGGCUACCAGGAAAACAAGGAGCGGCCGAGUGAUCAGCUCCUCAGACAAUAAAGAUGGUACAGUGCCUUCAUCCACAGAAAAGAAACCGGUUUCUCAGUUUCAGUUUCCGCUUAGUCAAGAUCCUUUGCCUGCUGCUCCAAAGAGGCGCAAGUUCAGUGUCCCUAAAGAAAACCACUGACACUUUGCUACGAAACAUUGUAGUGUACCCAGGACAGCUGGUAUUAACCUAUAUUAACCUAUAUAGUAUAUGAUGACACACUGUAAAACAACAAAUGCUCGCAGUAGUUUUGUCUCUCUUAACUACAUAGCAUGAAUUCCAGAUGUUAAACAAUCUGUUGGCAUGGAUUAAUAUAGUAGUUAAUGGUAAUUGUGUUUCAGGGAUGAUGUGUUUGUUUUUACAUGUUAACUAAGUCAAACCUGUUUUCAAGCAUAAAAAAUAAAAAUUGUUUUUAGCAACAAUUGAUUUGAUACUUCAAUGUCCAACAUGUAUUGUUUAAUUUGAAUUAUAAAUGGAUAUUUGCUUGUUUUAAUGUUAAUAUAGU